AUGAACGAAGUGUCGGUCGUGAAGGAGGGUUGGCUGCACAAGAGAGGGGAAUACAUCAAAACGUGGCCGUCCCCUCGGGGACCCCCACCACCUCCCCGCGCUGCUGAUCCCCCCGUUCUCCGCAGCGAGGAGUGGAUGCAAGCCAUCCAGACGGUAGCAAACAGCCUGAAGAAUGAGGAACCGGAGGUGGACACGAUGGAUUACAAAUGCGGAUCUCCUAACGACGGCACCGGCGCCGAGGAGAUGGAGGUGGCUGUCAGCAAAACCCGCGCCAAGGCCACCAUGAACGAUUUCGAUUACCUGAAGCUCCUGGGUAAAGGCACUUUUGGCAAAGUCAUCUUGGUGCGGGAAAAGGCCACCGGCCGCUAUUACGCCAUGAAAAUCCUCCGGAAAGAGGUCAUCAUCGCCAAAGAUGAGGUGGCGCACACAGUCACAGAGAGCCGCGUGCUGCAGAACACCAGGCACCCCUUCCUCACCGCGCUGAAAUACGCCUUCCAGACCAACGACCGGCUCUGCUUCGUCAUGGAGUACGCCAACGGUGGAGAGCUGUUUUUCCACCUCUCGAGAGAACGUGUCUUCACGGAGGACCGAGCCCGUUUUUAUGGCGCGGAAAUCGUUUCAGCGCUGGAGUACCUGCACUCCCGGGACGUGGUGUACCGGGACAUCAAGCUGGAAAACCUCAUGCUGGACAAAGAUGGUCACAUCAAAAUCACCGACUUUGGGCUCUGCAAGGAGGGAAUCACAGACGGAGCCACCAUGAAGACCUUCUGCGGCACUCCCGAGUACCUGGCUCCGGAGGUCCUGGAGGACAAUGACUACGGCCGCGCCGUGGACUGGUGGGGCCUGGGCGUCGUCAUGUACGAGAUGAUGUGCGGCC